AAUGUCAACGUCGCCUCACAGCUGGUAUGCUCCAAAAUAGGAAUCCUGUUCUUUCGUGCCACGGUGAAUAGCCAUUUCAGCGAAGCACAAGUGCGAUCUCUGCGUAUUCGGCCCUCCUAUCGUGCAUUUAUUUGUAUGUUCCAGUUAGCCAAUGACGAGCUCUGAAAAUUAUCGCAGUGCGUCCAAGACGCAUGACCCCGGCUGGAACGAUCCACCGAAGGUAGCCGCCGGUGCCAUCGAAGGAAUCUACACCGCACCGAGCCAACCGAAACUUCUGCUCAACAAGCGUGUAGCAUUUCCGCUGCAAUCUGGCUCUAAGGCAGUAGCGCCUGGCCCAGCGACAGCGGGCGGUCCACCGAUGAUGGCUGGACCGCCACCUUCCGUUGGGCCACCGGUUACGAACCGUCGCAACCGACCUACCUCAGAAUCCAGUGCCGAUCAGCACGAACCAACGAGCGCGAGCGCGGACCGUGAGGCCCAAUUUUGCCAAAUACAUUCGGUCCUGAAUGAGUGUGUCGAGAGGCUAGAUGUGAAUCGCCAGCCAGAGGUACAGAAGCGUCUCAAGCUGCUCUAUGAAGCAUGGUCCGGGAAAAAGCUAGAGGCUGCGCUGGAGCAGUACUUGUACCAGUUUGCGACCGCCCUGAAGGAGCAGGAUGCGACCCGAGCCGGUAGCGUGCAUCGCUCGAUUAUCUGUGAUUUCGGCUCGAAGUGUACGCUGUGGGCACCGGCGCUCAGGCAGCUCAUCUUCGCCCUGCCAGCGAUCGAUACCGUUGAGCAACCAUCGGACAGUGUGAUAGUGAAUCCAAUCUAG